AUGACAUUAAUUUGGACCGCUUACACGCUGACUAUUAGAUACACCCGAAGUACAGUAGAGCCAAAUAUGAUGUAUUCAUCAACAACAGUUGUCCUGUGCUCGGAAAUCACAAAACUCGCGAUUACUCUCGCGAUGUUCUUCAAAGAGUCCAAAUAUAGUUAUAAACGGUUUUCAGAGUCAAUUUCACGAUAUUUCAUUCAUGCGCCAAAAGAGCUUGUCAAAAUGGGAGUACCAUCAAUUGCUUACGCGCUUCAAAAUAAUUUGGAUUUCGUUGGAUUGUCGAAUUUAGACGCCGGUGUUUAUCAAGUUACAACUCAACUAAAAGUCGUUUCCACUGCUCUUUUCAUGAUGCUUUUUCUUGGUCGCAAAUUUUCGCAUCGACGAUGGCUGGCAAUUUUUCUUCUCAUGAUGGGCGUUGCUUGUGUCCAACUGAAUAAUGUGAAUCCGACGACGGUGCCAAUAAAAGUCUCAUCGGAGAAUUAUUUCAUCGGAAUCACUGCGGUGCUCGCAACUUGUGUUACAGCUGGAUUUGCAGGAGUUUACUUUGAAAAAAUGCUCAAAGAUGGUGGAAGCACCCCAUUUUGGAUAAGAAACAUGCAAAUGUAUAGCUGUGGAGUGAUUAGUGCUACGAUUGCAUGUUUUGUGGAGUACGAAAAUAUUAGCAAUAGAGGAUUCUUUUAUGGUUAUACCGAGAAAGUUUGGAUUAUUGUAGGUCUUCUCUCAGUGGGUGGCUUAUACAUUUCGCUGGUGAUGCGCCAUCUCGACAACCUUUACAAAUCAAUGGCGUCAGCUGUAUCCAUCAUUCUCGUCGUCAUUUUUUCGAUGCUCCUCUUCCCCGACGUCUUCAUUGGAAUGUACUUCGUGUUGGGAACAUUGCUCGUCGUUCUUGCCGUUCUCCUGUAUAAUUCCGUCAAGGAAUAA